AUGUUAUAUCAUUUUGUAUAUAAAAUUUUACAUUCUAUUCUGCACACUUAACAAAACCGCCUAGAUUGGAUUCGUCCCCAAUUCUCUGCCUCCGCCGCCAGGACGACGGCAAAUCCGCCCACGCAAAAUAUCAGCCCAAGUGCCCAUCGCCCAAGCUUCCUAGCUCACCCGCCGCCACCCACUAGCCAAAUUCCCCAUCCCUCUCCUGCCGCCACCCAUCAGCCACAUCUCUCCCUCCUACUCCCUCUCCGGCAGCCAUCAUCAGACAAGAUCCCUCCCCCACCAUCGAGCCAUGUCGAGUCGAGUGCAUCUUCUGCAAGCACGGCCAUCUUACGAAACCCUAGCUGGCUCGAAGGACCACUACUGUCCGGCGCCCUGAACAACUUGGCAUGAUGCCGACGAAGGGUGGAGCAAACAAAUCACAAUGACAUCGGGUAGUAGAUCCACCAUUGCAUCCCUAUGAAGAGGAGCGCCUUAGACAAUGUAUGAGGAACAAUUCGAGGUUGCAACAACUUGGAAUUCCUGCUUUAGUCAGCAUGUGUGGGAACAUAAAUUCCAUCUCUAGGAACAAAAAGCCAAAUAACAGGGAUAAUGAAGAUUCUGAAUCUGAGUAUGAUCCUUCACAUGACGAUUCUAUUGAAGGGGAUUUGUUUGACCAUGAUGAUCAUAAUAAGAAGGGCUCAAAGGACACUAACAGAAGAACUAUUCACAUGGCUCCUGGUGGAAUCAAGCCUCGAACUAAGAGAGUUUAUGCAGAGCAACAUACUACUAGAAAUACAAGGUCAAAGAAAAGCAUUGCUCAGCCUGACACAAGUCUAACACGAAGUGACAUCUAUGUGCCACCACCCUCGCUAUCUCAUUUGACCCAAGUUGGAGAAGUUGCUCGUAGCAUUGAAAACCAUAGAAAGACUAGUGUUGAAGCUAAUGGCCCUACCCAGGUUGACAACACCCACAUGGCCAAUCGAGAAGAUGGCUUUGACCAAUUUGAUGACAACAUGACCAACCAAGGGGAAGGCAUUACCCAGCCUGGUGGAAAAGGUGAUGGAGUAAAUCAGCAUAGAGAAAGGGGACUUAAUAUGGGACUUGGUCUCCAAAGGAUGAACCGAGCUCGGCGUGGCAAACUGCCAAUUGUCAUUACUGAAGGAAGGAUAAGGCCUGUGGCACCAAUUGUUGCUGCAAAGUUUGCAACUGAGUGCAACAUUGCAGUUCGGAAUCAUGUGCUUGUGCUUAAGUCAUGGAAGGAAUACGAGAAGCAUCCUGGGCUCUUUAAAUUGUUUACAGCAAAACUUAGUGCAAAGUUUGAUAUCAAUACAGAAGAUGCGCUAGUUAAAAAUGCUUGUUUCCAAAUGAUGAGGAAUGCACUGCGCCAACAACGAUAUAAGCUGAAGAAACAAUAUUUUGACCCUUUUCCGCUACAUCUAGUGAGGAAAACAUCUCCUAUCAAAUCGACAAGUGAUGAACAAUGGAAUGACCUUGUGGAACAUUGGAAAGGUCCAAAAAAUAUGGCGACAUGUGAACAUAACAAAGGCAACCGAGGCAAAGUUAAGUUCCAUCAAACAACUGGAUCUCGUAGCUAUAUGGUUCAUGUAGAAAAUUUGGGGGACAAGUACAUGGAUCAAGAACCUGAUGCAUUGGAUCUGUUCAAGGAGUGCCACUACAGUAAGAAAAAGCAAGGCUACACUUCCACUGUACAACUGGCUAUUACUCAAAUGGAAGACAAGCGAUCUACACCAGGAGAAGGUGAACAACCAAUGUCUACGACUCAGGUUGUAGCUGAUGUGCUUGCUGAGAACACAAAGAAGAAUCGGUUUCUUCAAAAUGUGGGAAUCCAAAAUGCACGACCUAGAUCUAGUGUACAAAAUAUUGAAGCACAACUUGAAGUAGAGAGGAAGGCAAAUGCAGAGCUUCAAUCACUUGUCAGCAUCCAACGUGAGCGCAUGGAUGUAUUAUUAAAGCAAGUGCAUGAAGCAGAACUGGUAAGGAUUAGAGAGCAAGAAGAGAUGAAGAAGAAGCAAGAUGCCAUGGAUGCUCAACUUGAGCUUAUGCUAAGUCAGAUUCAACCAAGUUAAAGCUAACUAGUAUGGGGUGUUAGGCUUUGUUGGUACUUCUCUUUUGCUGAUGCUAUUGCAUUCUAUUGAUGGAUAAAUACGUUUCAAUCCAUUUUUUGUCUAUUGUGCUGCUAGAGUAGCUUUAGCGGCAUGUGUGGUGUGUUGGAGUGGCUUACGUGUCAGUGGUUGGAUACUUGCUGUAAUGACAUGCUAUUGGAUACUUGCAUGUAAUGACAUGCUGGAGUGUGGUCAGUAUUUUUUGUGAUGAGAUGCUGGAUUAAAAUCUGAGUUGUGAUGUAAUAGAAUUCAACAUUUUGUCAUUAUGUUCUGGAUUAUAAUUAAUAUAUAUUUAAAUUA